GUCGGCGAUGGCACCACGUCCGUCACUCUGCUCGCUGCCGAGUUCCUGAAACAAGUGAAGCCCUACGUGGAGGAAGGCCUCCAUCCUCAGAUCAUCAUCCGUGCCUUCCGCACCGCGACGCAGCUGGCUGUAAACAAGAUCAAAGACAUCGCCGUUGCGGUGAAGAAGGAAGAUAAAGACGAGCAGAGAAGCCUCCUGGAGAAGUGUGCGGCCACAGCCCUGAGCUCCAAGCUGAUCUCCCAGAGCAAAGAGUUUUUCUCCAAGAUGGUUGUGGAUGCCGUCAUGAUGCUGGACGACUUGUUACAGCUCAAGAUGAUCGGAAUAAAGAAGGUGCAAGGAGGCGCUUUGGAGGACUCGCAGCUGGUGGCCGGCGUUGCCUUUAAGAAGACGUUCUCUUACGCUGGCUUCGAAAUGCAGCCCAAGAAGUACCAGUCUCCCAAAAUCGCCUUGCUGAACGUGGAGCUGGAGCUCAAAGCCGAGAAGGACAACGCCGAAGUCCGAGUGAACACGGUCGAGGAUUACCAGGCCAUCGUGGAUGCCGAGUGGAACAUCUUGUAUGACAAACUAGACAAAAUCCACAAGUCAGGAGCCAAAGUUGUCCUCUCCAAACUUCCCAUCGGCGACGUGGCCACUCAGUACUUUGCAGACAGAGACAUGUUCUGUGCUGGCCGUGUCCCGGAGGAAGAUCUCAAGCGAACGAUGAUGGCGUGUGGCGGUUCCAUCCAGACCAGCGUCAACGCCCUGUCGGACGAUGUCCUGGGCCGCUGCGAGCUCUUUGAGGAGACUCAGAUUGGAGGAGAGAGCAAGGCGAAGACCUGCACCAUCAUCCUGCGAGGGGGCGCGGAGCAGUUCAUGGAGGAGACGGAGCGCUCCCUGCACGACGCCAUCAUGAUCGUCAGGAGGGCCAUCAAG